AUGAGAUCAGUAGGAAGUAUAUGUGCCUUUUUGGCGCUCGUCACCGCCGCGCACGCCGCGUUCCGGCUCGAGCCCGCACACGAAAUCGAAAUCAUAGGCAACAAGUUCUUCAACUCGUCCAGCGGGCUGCAGUUUUUCAUCCGCGGCGUGGCGUACCAGAGAACACGCAAGCUGGGCGAGAUCUACGACGCGGAAACAGAGACUGCGUACGUGGACUCGUUGGCCUCGCCGGGCUUGUGCUUGAAGGACUUGGAGUUUUUGAAGGAGUUGGGCGUCAACACCGUGCGUGUGUACCAGGUGGACCCGCGGUUAAACCACGACGUCUGUAUGAACGCGUUUGCAAGCCACGGCAUCUACGUCUUGGUGGAUCUCUCGGAGCCGCAGCUCUCCAUCAACCAGCGCCUGCCUUCUUGGGACGUCGAGCUCCUUCGGCGAUACACGGACGUGGUCGACAGCAUGCACUCGUACACCAACCUCUUGGGGUUCAUUGCCGGCAACGAGGUCUUGAACAAGGUGGAGAACUCCGCCGCCGCUGCAUUUGCCAAGGGCUCCGUGCGGGACAUCAAGGCCCAUAUCCGCAACAAGAACUACCGCCGCAUUCCCGUCGGGUAUGCCAGUGCAGACGACACAAUCACACGCAUCGACAGCGCCAGCUACUUUGUGUGCACGGACACCAGCCUGGAUGCCGCCGUGGUGGACUUUUACGCGUUGAACAUGUUCGAGUGGUGCGGCUAUUCGUCCUACGCCACUUCCGGCUACAAGGAGCGUACAGCCGAGUUCAGCAACCUGCCGGUCCCCGUUUUCUUCAGCGAGUACGGCUGCAACGCCGUGCGCCCGCGUCCGUUCACCGAAAUCGACCAGAUCUACGGGCCCGUGAUGACCCGCGUGUGGUCCGGCGCCGUGGCCUACGAGUUCUUCCAGAACGAGAACCGCUAUGGGCUCGUGGACGAGAACGCUGCGGGCCACGUGUUCAAGCUCGAGGACUUCAACAUCGUCAAGUUGCGUUUGCUCGAAAGCAUGCCUCGCGGCGUGCACCGUGACGAGGCGCCUCCGCUGCCGCCGGCCGCCCGCCCGUGUCCCGAGAUCUCGGACUCAUGGAAUGCACUGAGUGUUCUUCCACCGGCCCCGGACCCGGGCUUGUGCGAGUGCCUCCAGGCGGCCUUGACCUGUGUGGUCACGCCCUACAUCCGAGUGGAUCUCCCCGAGCUUUUGGCGGAGGUGUGCUCCAAGACCGAUUGUCUGGAGAUCGCCGCAGACGGCUCGCGUGGAAUCUACGGCAAGUACUCCGGUUGCAGCAUGGCGCAGCGGGCCUCCUACGCCUUGGACAGGUACUAUGUCGACAAGCACCGGAGACCGGAGCACUGUGACUUUGGCAAGCGGGCGGCCUUGACCACCACCAGGCUUGUGGAAGGUGGCAUUCUUCGCUAG